CAAAGAUUAGAUAAAUUGAUAGAAACUAAAAUAGACGGAUCCAGACAGCAGAUACCAGCGGAAAUUAUUGCUGAUUUAGCCGAAAGAAAGAUUGAUUUAAACCAAGAGGAUUAUGAGAAAAAACCCGCUGUCAAAAAAAAUGUUGAUGAAUUGGUAGAUUUAGCCAAAAAAGCCGCCAACGCUAUCGGUAUAAAUUAUGCUGCCGCAGAUAUAAUUAAAGUUGAAAAUGAA